ACUUUCACUCAUUUUAUUAGUCAUGCCUUCCUUCGUUUUGAAUACAAAUUUGCCAAAAGAAAAAAUCCCAGCUUCAUUUAUAUUGGAUACAUCGUCCUUAAUAGCAGAAAUAUUGCACAAGCCCGAGAGUUAUGUUUGUAUAAUGGUAAACCCAGGACAAAUGAUGAGUUUUGCUGGAUCACAGGAACCAUGUGGUAUAAUUAAUCUUAUGAGUAUUGGUCAACUUGGCUCGUUAAACAAAUCGCAUAGUAAAAAAAUAUCCACAUUUAUAGAGAAUAAAUUAGGAAUAUCACCUUCAAGAAUGUACAUUAACUUCUAUGAUUCACCACCAAAUGACGUUGGGUAUAAUGGUAAAACAUUUGGAUAAUUUAUGCUAUGAACACUUUUUAUUUAAUAAAACACAAAUCAACAUCUGACUUUAUUAUAACUUAUUUAUAAACCAAAAAACAGUCAUAUUAUCUUACUUUUUAUAUCAUAAUUAA